AUGCUACAGGCGAACAGGGCGUGGGGAACAGUCCGAUCAGAGCCCUCGAGUCUUUUAUCUGCGCACAUUAGAAGCCCCACACACUUCUCAAAGCUCUCCAUGGACGUACUGGAUUCGCAGCACCCAAAGUGCUCUCAGCAGAUGCAUGGUCACGGAAUGUCCUGUAUAACGACCAUUUUAGCCUCGCACACAAGGAUCUACUGCGAACCAGAGGACACUGUCAGUAACCAGUGA